AUGAAAGAGUCACUCAAAAUGAUUAAAUUAUUUAAAGAAGAAGGUAAAACAAUAACAGCAUGGGAUGUACUACUAAAUCAAUUGUCUUCAUUAACCGUUAAGGGUGUUUGCUUUAAAUCUGAUUCUCCAGAUGUUUUCUCAACGUUUCAAGGUUAUAAAUACAACGUUCUCGAAAAAGUAGAUUACUCAAAAAUUGAGAUGUUUAUGAAUUUCAUUAAAGAAGCCAUUUGUGAUAAUAACGAUGAAGUGUAUAAAUACCUACUCGGCUGGGUUGCAUCAAUGAUUCAACAUCCUGGAAUCAAGAAUGAAACAGCAAUUAUUUUGAAAGGACUUCAGGGAACAGGUAAAAACAGAUUUACAGACAUUAUUUCUGAACUUCUCGCUGGUUAUUCAUGUAAAAACAUUACCGAAAUAGGUGAGCUAACGGGUAAUUUCAACUCAGUAGUUGAAAAUAAAAUGUUUCUUGUACUUAAUGAACUCAAGAAUGUAGGUGAAGAUAGACUCGCAAACUUCAACGCUUUGAAAUCAAUUAUAACGGAUAAUGAGAUUAGAAUUAAUGAAAAGAAUCAACCCAGAAGAACUGCUCAGAAUGUUGCAAACUUCAUUUUCGUAACUAACAACGUCUACCCUGUCAAAAUUGAAGUUGGAGACAGAAGAUACGUAGUUUUAAGGGUUAAUGGUAAAUUCAAGGGUCAAUUUGAUUACUUCAAGAAUUUAAUGGAUUCAUGCACAAAGGAAUUUUAUGAUAACCUUUUAACAUAUUUUAUGCAAUAUGACCUUUCAUCAUUUAAUGUACGAAUCAUACCGAUGACUGAAGCCAAACAAGAUUUAAUUGAAUUAUCAACAAAUCCUUUAGAUGUAUGGAUAAAGACACAUUAUGAUGAAUUGUGUGCAGGUAUGACAUGUAAAAAUGCUCUAUUCUGCAAACCAUCAGACAUGAAAGACAAGAAUUUCCAAAUGAGUAUUAAGGAUAAAUGUGAUAGGAAACAUAGAAGAAUAGACGAUAAACAAACAUGGUGUUAUGUUUUGAAAGAAGAAAUGAAAGGAUUAUAUAAACAGGUUGAACCAAACGAUAAUGAGGAUUCAUUUACUGACGAUGAAAUACCUGUAAAUGAAGCUUUAUAA